AUGGAAACUGAUGAGUACCUACUACCUGAGUUAAAAAAGGCAUCUAUAGACGUUAACAUGUACCGAGACUUUCUUGUUUCGGAGCUUCGAUACUAUAUUGAUGAAAAGAUACGAAAAAGACCUAGAUCUUCGAUUGAUAUGUACUUGUCAAUCAUGAGAGGAGAUCAUUUGAGUGAGUGUCUUGAGAAGCUACCAGUGGAUGCAUCGAAAGCAGAGCAUUGGCAUGAAGUGAUACGACAUUUGGUUUAUUUGAGGGAUGAGCUGUUUAAAAAGCAAAAAUGGAAGAAAUUCUACUCCGAGAAUCAGAAACAGAUCGAUGAGCAGAGAAGCAAAGACCUACCGUUGAAGAUAUCACGAAGGCUCGCGUCCGUAAAGAACCCUCAUAGGAAGGGACAGACCCCGUUCAGGUCACUUAAGGCAAAUGAACAGCUCAAAGAGUACAAAAAAGCAAUGGUAGAGAGCAAAGAGGAUGCCGGAUUCGUCGUCAGAAACUACCUCAAAAGGCUUCAGCUUGAAGGCCGAAUUCCAAAUCCUUAUAAGCUACCCUUCGUCUCAAAAACGUUAACUUUACAAUCCGCAAACUUACCAAAUCCGAGUGUCCUUCUUCCUGGCUCGACCAAAAGUUUUGUUAUAGAGCAGGCUUAUGAUGCUGUAUAUAUCGAGGCAGUCAUCAAGCCUGAGGUCGAGUACCUAAUAAAUCAGUCCAUCAUGAAUGACACUGACUUCCAAAUGAACGAAAAGGGCCCCCAACGUGCUAAAAUCCACAGCACCAAUGCCGGCAUCAUGACGGUACAUUUUCUUGGAGCGCAAUUCUCACCACACAGCGUUAUGAAGAAUAUCGCUAUGGACAUCAAGAAGCUGACGAGGCUCUAUAAGUUGCGCCAUGUGUGGAACGUAAAAGCCACAAACAAAACUGCUCUUGCGCAUGAGAAAAAAGUGGACGAAGGAUACGCCGUGAAGGGAAGUGGGGGCUAUUCUGAUGACGAGGUGAUAUGUACUAAGGAGUAUUAUCAAAAUCUAGCCGACGCUGAAGCCUCAUGGGAAGCCCUUAUAGACGAUCUACGUGAUUAUGAUAAAUUUGGCAAGAUGCGACCCGUACGUAGAAAGGCUUCUCUUUACAGACAAGAAUGGCGUGAAGCUCUCGAUAUUUCAUCUGCGUACAUCGAAAAGGAGUUGAGAAGUAUUUGUACGAAGUAUAAGCUUCUGGAGGAGAUUUUUAGUGAGCAAGACAGGGUUCAAAAAGCAUUACAGGAGAGGUACGAAGAGCGGAGCCAGAGGUAUGCCCGGCUCGUGGAGAUGUUAAAAAAGGACAAAGUCUUCAUGCACUCAGAGCUCAUCAACUUCAGAAAUCCAGUCACCCAUGGUCUCGACGAUUACCUAGAGGCAGACUCAAAUAAGCAACCUCAAAACAAGCAAGGAUUACCACAAAUGGAACGAUUAGGUAUGGGCAAAACACUAGGUGAUUAUCUUCGGAUCUUCAAGUUCAGUAACUAUCGUAUGGGUCAGAGAUAUAGAAAGCGCUUCAAAUUUAAGUAG